AUGGGACCAGAGUUUUGGUUCCAAGUGCAGAGGGUGUCCUGGCCUUGUGGCUUCGAGUUUACCAGUAAUUUAUUGGACAGCAAACACACGAACCUAGAGCUGAUUGGCAAGUGGAAAAUUUGGAGGUGUCAUCAUUGGAUUUGUCCAAAGGCUCUGUUCAUGGGCGUGAGGCAUAUUGUCAAUUGUGAAGUUGGUGCCUAA